CACUUCCCCAUAAAGCUUUGACAUCUUGGAUCAGCUGUUGGUCCGUAGAACAUAGAACGGAGCUAUGAAUGAACAGCUGUGAAGAAAAGGGCUACAAUAGAGACACAGCGAAAGGAUCCGUGUCAUGAUGGUGCUYGUAUUGAUUGUCGCAGGUCUUGGGGUGGUCGCACUGCUCAUGGUUUUAUUCGCACCCCACAUUAGGAAAUACUCAGCAGGUGGAGCAUGCAUGUCUAUGUCUCGGCUGGACGGGAAGACAGUCCUGAUUACUGGAGCCAACACUGGUAUUGGGAAGGAGACUGCCCUGGACCUGGCCAUCAGAGGUGCCAGGGUGAUCAUGGCGUGUAGGGAUGUGGAGAAAGGUGAGGAGGCCGCAGCAUCGAUACGACGCAUCUACUGCAAGGCGAACGUAGAAGUCCGAGAGCUAGACCUGGCUGAUACCAGCUCCAUACGGGUCUUCGCACAACGCUUCCUCCGAGAGGUCAACCACCUCCACAUCCUGAUCAACAAUGCUGGGGUCAUGAUGUGUCCCUACAUGAARACCAAGGACGGUUUCGAGAUGCARCUGGGGGUCAACCACCUGGGUCACUUCCUGUUGACGUACCUGCUGAUUGGCCUGCUGAAGCGGAGUGCUCCGGCCCGCAUCGUCGUGGUUUCUUCCCUGGCUCAUAACUUUGGCUGGAUCCGCUUCCAUGACCUCCUCAGCCAGGGCAGCUACAACAGCGGCCUAGCGUACUGCCAGAGCAAGUUGGCCAACCUUCUGUUCGCUAGGGAGCUGGCCCGCAGACUCAAAGGUUCCAGUGUGACGGUGAACUCUGUCCACCCGGGGUCGGUACGCUCGGACCUGGUCCGCCACUCCACCGUCAUGUCUCUGCUGUUCUCUCUGUUCUCCUUGUUCCUGAAGAGCCCUCGGGACGGGGCCCAGACAUCCAUCUACUGCGCCGUGGCAGAGGAGCUGCACUCUCUCACCGGGAAACACUUCAGUGACUGCGCGCCGGCCUUCGUGGCUCAGGGGAGGAAGGAGGAGACAGCCAAGAAGCUGUGGGACGCCAGCAGGAUCCUGGGCAUCGUCUGGGACGACUGAUCUGAACCACCCUGUUAUCACUAUCCACACAGCUUGCAUCCUCAAGUGCACCCUAUUUCCUUUUUUAUAGUGCACUACUUUUGACCAGGACCCACAACCUUGUUCCUUGUCUCAAUUGCUUCCGCUUAGGAAAGAGCCGGCUAGAUGAAAUUACGGCCCACGGGGCUCUGGUCAAAAGUAGUGAACUAUAGAUUAGGGCUCACGCUAUAUAUA